UUUUGUUUACCUUUAAAUGAAACAGCCAGCACGAGAGACCAACGGGUAACAACUAGAGCAGAUGAAGAAUCAGCGACAGCGUCCCCUGUUGUGCGCUAGCUACAACCUAUAGUUGUGAGAUGAAGAUCAAACUGAAUCAAUGGAGCACAAGAACUGGAUAUAAAACAACUUUAGACCCGCUAAACUAUCACCAGGGCAACCUUGGCUCCAGAAUGCCUGGAACAGGGAAGAGAGCUCUCAAGCACAAGGCGUUGGCAGCUGGUGGACAGUUUUACUGAGUUUUCAAAGGGGGCAGAGCUUCCCAGUGGCGAUGAUGGAGGAAACAGAGCCAGAGCUUUCCCCUGCCCCCUCUGAGCAGAACAGCCCCUCCUCCUCCCUCUCCACAUCCUCCUCCCCUUCCCUGUCCCUCCCUUCCACCCCCUGUUCGACCUGUGGCCCCCACCACACCAUCAUCCCUCCUCUGGUUGUGAUCAAUGAAGGUGGGGCAGAGCUCAAUCUGGUGAUUGACGCUGAGGUGGCCCAGCGGGCAUGUCACGAGGUGCUACAGAAGGUGAAGCUGCAUGGUGAUGGCCACCACCUGCACAACAGGCCUGACCCAGAGACACCUGCUCUGACCACUGCGGUGAAACCUUUGAAGAUCCAGGAGGAGGAGGACAACCCAGAGGGCUCUGCUCCUGGCUCGGUGAAGAGUGCCCGGCGACGGCAGAGACACAACCCCUCCAAACAGUCGUGGCUGCUCCGCCUGUUCGAAUCCAAGCUUUUUGAUGUUUCCAUGGCAAUUUCCUACCUGCACAAUUCGAAGGAGCCCGGUGUGCAGGCGUACAUCGGGAAUCGGCUCUUCAGCUUCCCCAACGAGGAGGUGGACUUCUACUUGCCGCAGCUGCUCAACAUGUACAUCCACAUGGAUGAGGAUGUUGGGGAUGCCAUCAAGCCUUAUGUGGUGCACCGCUGCAGGCAGAGCAUCUCCUUCAGCCUGCAGUGUGCCUGGCUGCUGGGAGCUUACUCCUCUGAUAUGCACAUCUCCACCCAGCGUCACUCUCUAGGAACCAAACUGAGGAAACUCAUUCUCUCUGAUGAACUCAGACCUGCGGUGCCUAGAGCUCGCAGAGAUCCCCUUACUCUGAUGUCUUUCUGUCCCGUAAUAUCCCCUGCCACUGGCCCUGGGCCCCCGGGGGGAGACCAUGGUUUGUCCCCAUCUAAACGAACACAUCAGCGCUCCAAAUCGGAUGCUACGGUCAGCAUCAGUCUGAGCAGCAACCUGAAGAGAACAGCCAGUAACCCGAAGGUGGAGAGCAGCCAGGAUGAGGACAGCAGCUCCAGCUCGGACGGUCUGGAGUUUGAGACUGGUCCCCCAGUGCGUCUGGCUCCUCAGAGAGAGUUUAUCAAGUCUCUGAUGGGCAUUGGGAAGCGUCUGGCCACACUGCCCACCAAAGAGCAGAAGACCCAGCGACUCAUCUCAGAGCUGUCGCUGCUCAACCACAAACUCCCGGCUCGGGUCUGGCUGCCCACCGCCGCCUUCGACCACCACGUGGUCCGAGUACCACACACGCAGGCUGUGGUGUUAAACUCCAAAGACAAGGCUCCAUACCUGAUCUACGUGGAGGUUCUGGAGUGUGAGAACUUUGAGACAUCCAGUGUUCCAAUCCGGAUCCCAGAGAACCGGAUCAGGAGCACUCGCUCUGUGGAGAACCUGCCGGAUUGUGGCAUGAUGGCAGAGCAGAGAGCUGGCAGCUUCUCCGUGGUCCCAAACUAUGACAAUGACGAUGAGGCCUGGUCUGUGGAUGACAUCGGAGAUCUGCAGGUGGAGCUCCCUGAGGUCCAUACCAACAGCUGUGACAACAUCAGUCAGUUCUCAGUGGACAGCAUCACCAGCCUGGAGAGUAAAGAGCCCGUGUUCAUCGCUGCGGGAGACAUCAGGCGGCGUCUGUCAGAGCAGCUAGCCCAGGCCCCCACCACCUUUAAACGGGACCCUGAGGACCCAUCAGCGGUGGCCCUGAAGGAGCCCUGGGAGGAGAAGGUCCGGAGGAUCAGAGAAGGCUCUCCGUACGGUCACCUUCCUCAGUGGAGGCUGUUGUCUGUUAUUGUUAAGUGUGGAGACGACCUGAGGCAGGAGCUGCUCGCCUUCCAGGUGCUGCAGCAGCUCAAGUCUAUCUGGGAGCAGGAGCGUGUCCCCCUCUGGAUAAAGCCCUACGAGAUCCUGGUGUUGUCGUCGGACAGCGGGAUGAUCGAGCCCGUGAUGAAUGCUGUGUCGCUCCAUCAGGUGAAGAAACAGAGUCAGCUGUCCCUACUCGACUACUUCCUGCAGGAGCACGGAGCUCCAACCACUGAGGCCUUCCUCUCCGCUCAGAGGAACUUCGUCCAGAGCUGCGCUGGGUACAGCCUCAUCUGUUACCUGCUGCAGGUCAAAGAUAGGCACAAUGGGAACAUCCUGUUGGAUGCUGAAGGUCACAUCAUCCACAUUGACUUCGGCUUCAUCCUCUCCAGUUCACCCAAGAACCUCGGCUUCGAAACCUCUGCCUUCAAACUCACCACAGAGUUCGUAGAUGUGAUGGGCGGCCCAGACGGAGACAUGUUUAACUACUACAAGAUGCUGAUGCUGCAGGGUCUGAUAGCAGCCAAGAAACACAUGGACCGAGUACUGCAGAUAGUGGAGAUCAUGCAGCAGGGCUCCCAGCUGCCCUGCUUCCACGGCUCCAGCACCAUGCGAGGUCUGAAGGAGCGUUUCCACAUGAGUCUGACGGAGGAGCAGCUACAGGUGCUGAUCAAUCAGCUGGUGGAUGGAUCAAUGCGGUCACUCACCACCAAACUUUACGAUGGCUUCCAGUACCUCACCAACGGCAUCAUGUGAUCCAUGUCAUGUGAACUCUGUGCAGAGCCCUUCUACGGACUGAUGAGACUCUUCAGACACUGAAGUCAUUGCUUUAUUCUGAUUCCAGGUUUUUCUUCUUCCUCUUUGUCCGUCAUCGGGAUUGAGGAGUUUUUUUCUGUUUGUCUUGUUCGUUUUCUUUCUGUAUUUGGGCAGUUGUCCCUUAUUGACUGCUCCUCCGAACUCUUAGCCAAUCAGAGAGCAGCAGUUUUAGACUGAAAUGUGAACACAGGCAGGAACGGGAAGCACAAGAUGAACUGAAGGACACAUUCUGGGUGGACAGAGCACAGUUGACUCUUUAAAGGACCAUAUGGCUCUUUCAUGCUUUAGUCCUUUAACUGCACUUCCAGUAAACCAGCUCAUCAUUAAAACAAACCAGUGUCACCA